AUGUUAUAGCACUCUGAAUCAGAUGAUCAUUCUCCUGUUCAUGUAAUCUAGUUUUAAGAUAAGAAUACUGAAAUUGAGUCUGAAGCAUUAUGGGAUAAGGAAGAUGCUUAGCAAGAAUAUCAUAUUCAAAUUAACUCAGAUCGAAUUUUAGACAUUUUUUAAUCAAUUGAAACAUAAAUUCAUCCAUUUAAUUGUGUUUACAAAACAAAUCAAUAAAUGAUAGUGAUGUAUAAACAGAAAUUGUCAACAUUAAAAAAAUUAGGAUAUUUGAUUUGUAAAAGUGAAACUAAAUAUUGCAUUAUUCUUAUAAAAUUAGAGAAUCAUAAUUCAUUAUUGAUAAAAUCUUUAAAAGGAGUAUAUAAUUAUAUUUAAAAAGGACUCUGAACUAAAUGAUAGUAUGAUGAAAAGGAUAGGAAAUGCAAUAUAUUAAUUUUCAGAUAAAAAUUAACAUCUUUCCCAUAUAGAUGAGAUUAUGUAAGUAUAAAUUUACAUUAGACAUGAAGAUUCAAGAUUCAAUCCUUUUCAUUUAGAUAGUUUAAGUGUUGCUAUGAUUUAUAAAUAUCUUUAAGAUAAAAUAGAGAUCCCUGAGCAAAUAACAAUGAAAUAAAUAUAUAAUUUAAUAGAAAAGGAGCAUGAUAAUAUAAAAAAAGAACCAUUAUUAAUUAAAUAAUAAUAAGUCAGUUAAUUUCACAUAUUUACCAUUGAGAGAUUUAUAUUCAAUAAAAUAUUUGAUUAGAUGAUGAAUUAUUAUAUAGAAAAAUAUCAAGAAAGAUAAAAUUAAGUAGAUCUAAAAAAGAAGCAAUUAAAAGAAAAAUAUUCUAAAGAAGAUUUAAUAAAAUCAUUGGAAAUUAAAAAUCAAUAUUUACCUAAUUCAGAUAUACCAUAUUUUGAAGCAAUAAAUGAAUUAAAAUUAAUUAAUCUUUACAAAACUCCUACUGAAAUGUUGAAAUAAUUUUAAUAUGUCCUAGUACUGAUUAGAGGAGUUGCUUUUGAAUGUAAUCAAAAGGAAGAAAUAAUUGCAAUGGAUGAUGAAUUACCAAUUUUAAUUUGGAUAGCUUUAAUAAGUGAUGUUCCUAAUCUCUAUGCAAAAAUAUAGUUUGUUGAUGAUUAUAUAUAGGAAAUCGAAAAUGAAAAGAGAAUCUUAACUAAUUUAAGAGUAUCUUUAGAUUAUAUUUCUAAAGAAUGGAAAUUAUGA